CCCUGAGGCUCGAAGACAAGAGAAGAGCUAAGCCCUGCGUUCCCUGUUUUCCCUUUCCUAUUUUGAGAGUUCUCCAUCUUCCUGCACUGACUGCCUUCUGUGACUGACUCCUUUCUCUUCCCUCCUCCUUCCCUAGGCUAAAGGGCCCGCAGGGACUGACAGGGUAGCUGAGUGACUGCACUGUGGGUAUGCCUGCUUUCCCUUCCCCCUUCCCUUAGCAGCAACGUCACCGCAGCAAGGAUACUGGGGCUGGCAUUGCGCAGCCUCCCUGCAUUAGCAACGAUGCCAUUGUAUUAGCAGACAUCAAAUCUUAGGAAAUUGGCCCAGUUCCCUCUAUGUGGCCCCGUGGAACAGCGCUUCAUCCGGAACUGUCAAGGUAGAGCUUGGUGGUAUUGCAAAAGGAAGCAAAGCCUCCGGGUACCGUCAAGGCUUCUUACAGAGGUGCCAAGCUCUCCUGAUGAAAUGUGUUUUGCCCCACUGGGUUCCGGGGGCAGUGUCUGGUGCUGUUGAUGCCCUUGUUCGAACUUUCCAGAAUGGAUAGUCCCCCAAAGCUGACUGGAGAGACCCUCAUCGUCCACCACAUCCCCCUGGUGCACUGUCAGGUCCCAGACAGGCAGUGCUGUGUUGGAGCAAGUGGAGGUGGUGGGAGCACAAGACCCAAUCCCUUCUGUCCACCUGAGCUGGGCAUCACUCAGCCUGAUCAAGACCUAGGACAAGCUGACUCCCUGCUUUACAACAGUCUGCACUCUGUCUCAGGGGGCUUGGCACGGGCUGCAGACAACACCAAGAGUAGGGGUCGGGAUGGACGAGGCCCUGGGGCCCCUAAGCGACACAAUCCCUUCCUGCUGCAGGAGGGUAUGGGUGAUCCAGGACUUGGCGACCUCUAUGAUGACAGCAUUGGUGCCAGCACCACCCAGCAAUCCUUCCACCUUCAUGGAGCUGGCCAGCCCACCUUCCAUCUAUCCUCUUUCCAGCUCCCACCAUCUGGCCCUGGAGUGGGCAGGCCCUGGGGGGCCACACGGAGUCGAGCUGGAGUGGUGGAGGGACAGGAACAGGAGCCAGUGACAACCUUAGAUGCCCAGCGCUGUAACAUUCGCCACUGCUGCAGGCCAGAGCUGGAAGCAGAGACCAUGGAGCUGGAUGAGAGUGGGGGAGCUGGCGGGAGUGGCAGUGGGGGCGGAGCCAGUGAUACCUCUGGCUUUUCCUUUGACCAGGAAUGGAAGCUCAGUUCAGAAGACUCCCCAAGGAACCCUGGCUGCUCAGGCUCAGGCCCCCAGCACUGCCGCUGCAGUAGCACAUCCAGCCAGUCUGAGGCAGCUGACCAGUCCAUGGGCUAUGUGAGUGACUCCUCCUGCACCAGUUCAGACGGGGUGCUGGUCACCUUCAGCACCCUCUACAACAAAAUGCAUGGCAACUCCCGUGCCAAUCUCAACUCUGCCCCACAGUCCUGUAGCGACUCCUCCUUCUGUAGUCACUCAGACCCUGGCGCCUUCUACCUGGACCUCCAGCCCUCUCCAGCCGAGUCUAAGAUGUCUUGUGAGUCCCACCACCCUGAUAGUGGAGAAAGGGAAGGGAGCUACGGUUGUCCUCAUGCCUCAUCUCCUGAGCUUGAUGCCAACUGCAACUCCUACCGGCCACACUGUGAACCGUGCCCAGCAGUGGCUGACCUCACAGCCUGCUUUCAGAGCCAGGCCCGUCUUGUUGUGGCCACACAGAAUUACUAUAAACUUGUCACCUGUGACCUAUCCUCCCAAUCAUCUCCAAGCCCAGCUGGCUCUUCUAUCACCAGCUGUUCAGAAGAACACACGAAGAUAAGUCCCACACCAGGUCCUGGAUCAGACCCAGACCCCAGCCAGCCCUCUGAGUAUUACCUAUUUCAGAAGCCAGAAAUUCUGCCAGAAGAGCAAAAAGCAGUGGGUUCUUCAGCAGAAGCAGUAGCUGCCAUGGGUCGCACUUUGAUGGAAGGACAAGUGUACACUAACACUUCACCUCCCAAUCUUAGCACUGGACGCCAGCGCUCUCGCAGUUAUGACCGCAGCCUUGAGCGCAGCCCUCCUGUCCGCCUGAGCUCACUAGAACGCAUGUUGAGUUGCCCGGUGCGACUGAGUGAGGGCCCUGCAGCCCUUGCUGGGCCUAGCUCUCCACCCAAGCGGGUGACCUCCUUUGCUGAACUGGCCAAGGGCCGGAAAAAAGCUGCAGGCUCAGGGUCUCCCCCACUUCGGGUGAGCAUUGGAGACUCCUCCCAGGAGUUCUCAGCCAUCCAAGAAGCCCAACAAGAUAGAGUGGGCCCACCAGAUGAGGGUACUUGCUGUAGCCAUAGCCUCCCACCCAUGCCCUUGGGGCCAACCAUAGACCUAGCUGGCCUAGAGCCUUGGUCCACCCAAGUUUGCCAGGGUCCACAGUCCAGCGAGAUGCCACCUGCUGGCUUGAGAGCUGCUGGGCAAAGCCAUGUCACUCAGCUGUUGGAUCCAGAGCCUGUUCAUCCUGGGAGCCCAGCCAACAGCCACACCCAGAGGGAUGCAAGAGCUAGAGCUGACGGGGGUGGUGCUGAGAGCCGACCAGUCCUUCGCUACAGCAAGGAGCAGAGACCCACCACGCUGCCCAUCCAGCCUUUCGUGUUCCAGCACCAUUUCCCCAAGCAGCUGGCCAAGGCCCGGGCCCUCCACAGCCUUUCCCAGCUCUAUAGCCUCUCAGCCUGCAGCCGUGCACAGCAACCUGCCCCACUGGCUGCCGCCACUGUUCAAGUCUCAGCCCCAGCUUCCUCAGGGGAGCCCCUGGCAUCUACUUCCAAAACCACUGACAGAGGUGCCAGGAAAGCUGGACCUGAGCCCGAGACCUCCCGGCCAUCACCCCUGGGCAGCUACUCUCCCAUUCGGAGUGCUGGCGCCUUUGGGCCCAGCACUGAUUCUUCUGCCUCCACUUCAUGCUCCCCACCCCCAGAGCACGCCCCAGCCCCAGCGCCAGAAAGUUCAGCCCUAUGGAGCCACUCUGGUCCUCCUGCUGCCCGACUUGCUACCUCCCAGCAGCCACAGAAGGAGGAGCAGAAGAUACUGACCUUGGCUGAGUACCGACUCCAUGGAACAGGAAGCUUGCCACCUCUGAACUCCUGGAGAUCUGGUCUCAGCCGAGCAGAGAGCCUGCUCCGAGGAGGUGGUGAGGGUAGCAUGGCUUCCAGACCCAGUAAUGCCAACCACCUGUCCCCUCAAGCACUCAAAUGGCGAGAAUACAGGAGGAAGAACCCACUGGGGCCACCUGGUUUGUCAGGAAGCCUAGACCGAAGGCCACAAGAGGCUCAAAUGAGCCGAAGAAACCCCAUCUUUGAGUUCCCAGGUUCCCUGAGUGCUGCUGGCCAUCUGAACUGCCUGCUGAAUGGUCAAGUAAUGAAGCCACUACCACUGACCUGCCCUGACUUCCAAGACCCCUUUUCCUUGACUGAGAAACCUCCAGCUGAGUUUUGUUUGUCCCCAGAUGGUAACUCAGAGGCCAUUUCCAUCGACCUGCUUCAGAAAAAAGGACUGGUGAAAGCUGUUAAUACCGCUGUGGACCUCAUUGUUGCCCAUUUUGGGACAAGCCGGGAUCCUGGGGUGAAGGCAAAGCUGGGGAACAGUUCUGUGAGCCCCAAUGUAGGCCACUUGGUUCUGAAAUAUUUGUGCCCUGCGGUCCGGGCUAUACUGGAGGAUGGCCUCAAGGCCUUUGUGCUAGAUGUCAUCAUUGGGCAGCGUAAAAACAUGCCAUGGAGUGUGGUUGAGGCUUCCACACAGCUAGGCCCAUCCACUAAGGUCCUACAUGGCCUCUGCAACAAAGUCAGCCAAUUCCCCGAGCUCACCAGCCACACCAUGCGAUUCAAUGCCUUCAUCCUCGGCCUGCUCAACAUCCGGUCUCUGGAGUUCUGGUUUAAUCACCUCUAUACCCAUGAAGAUAUCAUCCAGACCCACUACCAGCCGUGGGGCUUCCUUAGUGCCGCUCACAGCGUGUGCCCCGGCCUUUUCGAGGAGCUGCUGCUGCUCCUACAGCCCUUGGCCCUGCUGCCCUUCAGCCUCGACUUGCUGUUCCAGCACCGGCUGCUACAAAGUGGACAGCAGCAGCGUCAGCACAAGGAACUACUGCGGGUGUCCCAGGACCUGCUGCUGUCUGCCCAUUCAACACUACAGUUGGCCCGGGCCCGGAGCCAGGAGGACCCUGGAGAUACGGACAGAACAGCCCAUGGAGAGCGAGUAAAGGGCGUAGGUGCCCCAGAAGGUGGAGAAGAGGAGGAAGAGACAGACGAGGUGGCAGAGGCAGCUGGGGGCACAGGACAUGGCAGGUCAGCUCGAGGCGGGCAGGCUGGCUGGUGGUAUCAACUCAUGCAGAGUUCCCAGGUCUACAUUGAUGGUUCCAUCGAAGGUUCUAGGUUCCCUCGCGGUGGCAGCAACAGCAGCAGUGGCAGCAGCAGUGAGAAAAAGAAAGGGGCAGGAGGUGGGGGGCCUCCCCAGGCACCCCCGCCCAGAGAGGGAGUUGUAGAGGGAGCUGAGGCCUGCCCGGCCCCCGAGGAAGCCCUCAGCCGGGACAGGGGCUGGCCCUUCUGGAUGGGGAGUCCCCCUGACUCUGUGCUGGCUGAGCUGAGACGCAGUCGGGAGAGGGAGGGGCCCACUGCCCCCCCAGCAGAAAAUGAGAAAAGGACCUCAGAGCCUUCACCUGGGGGCAUCAAGUGGGGACAUCUCUUUGGUUCCCGAAAAGCUCAGCGAGAAGCCCGACCCACAAACAGGCUGCCCUCAGACUGGCUGAGCCUGGACAGGUCCAUGUUCCAACUAAUGACGCAGACAGUGAGUGCCCGCAGGGAGCCAGAGCCCAAGGAGAACAUGCAGGAAUCACACUCUCCAGCCCUGCUCUCCAAGCCUCUAUGCGAGGUGCAGGCACUGUGCCACCAUCUGGCCACAGGCCCUGGACAGCUAAGCUUCCGUAAAGGGGACAUCCUACGUGUACUGGGGCCAGCAGGAGGAGACUGGUUGCAAUGUAGCCGUGGCCCCGACACUGGCCUGGUGCCUGUGGCUUACGUGACCUUGACCCCAACUUCAAGUCCAACCCCUGGAAACAGCCCAAACUGAGGCCCUGUGCAUGCUGGUGGCCUCAGGGACCCUCAUAACCCCCAGAUUCAGAACCUGAGAGCCCUCCCCCAAGCCCACCUGGCUUGGCUACAGAGAGUAGACCAAGAGCAAGGGACCACAUAGCCCUCUGCUGGCACCUACUCCCUGUGCUCAGUAUUAAUUUCUCCCCCUUAACUGUCCCAGUGACCUCGUCCAGACCAGGGAAGGGACGCAGCACUGGGCUGCCAGGAUUUCCCCAGAUUCUCUGGGCCAACCUUUUCCAUGGGUGCUGACAAGUUCCUGUGGAGCAAGGUGACCCAGAAGGCCUGGCUCAGUUACAGGGUUCCUUAGGCCAGAUGGUGAUGAAGACAGAUGACAGUAUUGGGGCCAGAUCCCUAAGCCCCCAGCUGUAAAUAGGCUGUGGCCAGUGCCCUUAUCAGAAAAGGGAGGAGGAGCCCAAGCUUCUGUUCAUGUAUUUAUUUAUUUAUUACACCUAUUAAUAAAAAAGGUGCUCAGCCUCCAAA